AUGCGGAAGAAGGCGGACCCGCAGAGGGCUGCAGAUACUGACUGCACCGUUGUCGCAGCACCGAAAUGGCGGUACGUGCAGUGCAACAUCAAGGGGAUGCUGGCGAAACGGGAAGAACAACGGGCCAACGGGUCGGCAGCGGCGGCGAAGACGAAGCAGACGGCGGGACGGACAGGCCGGGACAACAUGGAGGACGGGAUUUCGGGCGACAGUCGCAAGGCGUCGUCGAGCGACAAGAAUCACAUCACGCUGCGCAGCCGGCGCGUGCGCACAUCUGGAAGUAGCGAAAGCAGUGGUCUUUUGGGCGGCCGUCUCUUGGCCGGCAACGAGCCGCCCGUAACCGCUAUGUUUCCCGUGACAGCUGUCACUCAGAGUGCCGCCUCGGACGUCGAGCAGCCGCACGGCGCCUCGCCGUGCGACAAGCGGCGGCAGUCCGGGGAGGAAGGGUUGAGCGUGUACAAGCGGCGCCGCAUGAGCUCCUUGCCGCCCGCCACGCACCCGCUCGCUUCCCUGCCCACCAAUGCCGUUAGGGUUAGCUCCGCUGCUCCGCCCGGCGGGGAGCAGAGCGCGGGAAGCACGGUGAGCACGGCUGGCGCGGACGCAAAAGCGGAGUCAAGCAGCGGAGAGAGGGAAGCCGGCAGUAGAGACGCGCCUGCUGCUGCUGGCUUGUGCGCGCAAGAACCUCAGGCGCAGGCGCUCGCGCAGGGACAGGCGGAUCUACAGGCGUGCGCGCAGCCGUGCGAUGGGCGGCAGGCAAGCGGGGAGUGGAUGGAGGCCGUUGAUCCCGCUGGUCCCGCGGUGCUGGAGGUCGAGGUGGCGGGCGAGGUGGCGGUGGCGCUGCACCGCGUGCCCCCGCGCGCGCCGCCACCCGCGCGGCUGCUGCACCCGGCGGUGGCUUUUGAGAGCUCUGAAGAGGCAACGGCUCUUCGCCCUGCUGUGUGCGUAGUGGAAGCGGGAGGGGGCGCGGAGGUAGCAGCCGUGGCGGUGCUUGCGGCGAGCCCUGUGGCGGGGCAGGCGGGCAGCCCGCACGAGUCGAGCCACGAGCACGCGGACGGGGACUCGCUGGGGUGCGGCUCCGACUGCGCCAUCUGCUUCCGCGCGUCAGGAGAUGGGGAGGCAGCGGCGGUGGUGCAGAGCUGUGAGGGGAACGCCGCUGACACACGCGCUGGAGGCGAAGUGGGUGGAGACAAGGAGAGCGGGGACAAGGGGAGGGAUGCGGAUGGUGGGGACAAGGAGAGCCAUGGCACGGACGGCAGUGGGAAGGACGGGGGUGCGAAGGUCGCGCUUACCAUGCCAGGGCCGAACGGGGUCAUAUCUGGGGAGCCAGGCUCUUGUGCCCAAGCCUCCACUUCCGUGCCCGCCUUGUCCCCCCUUGCUCCCAUGUCCGAGUCCCCCUCCAUUGCCCAUACCGGUUCAGGCGCACCCAAACCAGCGGGCGAGGCGGGCAGCCCGUGCGAAGCGGGCAGCCCCUGGGAAAUACCGGGGGCGGGCGGGCAGCAGAGAAGCGAGGGGAAGGCGGAAGGGGGCGAGAAGAGCGGGUUGGAGGGCGGCGUGGGAGGGGUGCAGGCGAGUCAGGGAGUGGUGGCUGCGAAGACUGAGGCCGUUUGCGAGGAGGUGAUGGAUACGCGCGAGCAGAUGGGUGGGGAGACAGGAGACGUUGGGGCUGGAGGAGCAAACAUGACAGAGGACGAGAAGAAGGGCGUAGUGAGGGAAAGCGCUUUGAAAGACUUAGGCUCGAACGAGGUUGACAUGAAAGUGCCUGUAGAGAUAGAGGGUGCUGCGGUGGCGAAGGCAGAAGGAAGCGGCGAUGCUGGGGGUGAUACAGGCAAGGCGAGUGUCGGCAGCAGAGGGAAGAAAGUUGGCAGCAGCGGUGGUGUGAAGAGGGAAGAUGAGGUGACGGUGAAGGCGGAGCGAUCAGGGAGUGAGGGUGGUGGUUUAGCGGAGGGAGAGGGCAGAGCAGUGGGAGGGGGUGGGAGUGAGGGAGGAGGGGCGGAGGCCAUGGUGGUGGAUGAUCCCGAGGACGACGACCUCGCCUUCAGCAAGCGCCGCCUCUUCCCUGAUGGGCCCCCUCUGCCUGCUGCUGCUCCCAGGCCUCCUCUUCCUCCUCUGCCCCACCUUGCCCCUGCAACGGCUGUGCCCGCUGUUGUAUCAGCGCGGGUACAGGUGAAGAGUAAGGCGGGUGGGAGCGAGGGUGUACCUGUGAAACGUGUGGUCGCAACUCAUGCCGCUGUACCUGCCACUGCCAAGGCUGCUGCCCAUGCACAGCUGGACAAGAAGGGGGGGCAGCAGGUACGGGAGGAGGUGGAAGGAGGGGUGGUAGCAGCAGCAGCAGCAGGAGCAGGGCAGGGGGAGAAGAGCCGGCUGACGCCAAAGCGGCGGCGGUUGAUAGAGAGCUACGUGGACCGGCUGAUGGCAGACCUGCAGCGCCCUCAGUGGAUGGAGCUGCCAUUGGCUGGAGUGGAUCCAAGGGCUCUCAUCGGCCGGCUGUGCAAGGUAUGGCUGUUGAAUACUCUCUUUCCUUUCUACUGCUUCAUCUCCCCCGCCCCUGCACAGCACCAGGCUGCUGCCACCUGUGUCUCUCCGCGCCACACCAUGCUGCCCUGCCCUGUGUCGUCCAUGCAUGUGUGUGCCCAACAGGUGUACUGGCCGCUGGACGAGAGGUGGUACGCGGGGCUGGUGUAUGCGUAUGAUGCACGCACGGGCAAGCACCAGGUGCGAGACCACAGGGCCGCGGACCAGGGGGGUGCGCUCAAGGGCAAGGUGGAGGGGGCGGGGGCGGGGGCGGGGGCGGGGGCGGGGGCGGGGGCGACGGCCGGUGCGGGGGCAGGGGCUGUUGGGUGGGAGGGCGCAGGGGGGCCGCUGGAGGAGCUGAAGCUGGGGCGGUUUGGCGCCAAGGAGCUCGUGUGGGCUCGUGUCAAGGUUGCUCAGGCGAGCCUACUCUCUUCUCACACGUGCGACUUGUGUCGCACCUCACUCCCGUCCAAUCCCCUCUCCGACAGGUUCCUGCUGGUGGAGGAGCUGCCGGCGAAGAUGGCGUUUCUGCACGGGUCGGGGUCGGAGGAGGGCAGCGACGACGGCAGUGAGGAGGAGUCGGGCAGCGAUGGGAGCAGUGCCGAGGGCAGCCAGGGAACAAGCGGGGAGGGCAGUGAGAGGAGUGGCAGUGGGGAGGAUAGCCAGAGCAGUGGGGAGGAGGGGACGGGGGCAGCAGAGGCGGAGGAUGGGGAGGGGCAUGGGCGCAAGGGGGUGAAGGUGGUAGGCAGUGGGGGCAGGGGUGGGGCGGAGGUGGGGGGACGGGUGGCGGUGGUGGGAGGCAAGGUGGGGGAUGGGCGUGGCGUGGGGCAGGCAGGGGCGAGCUCAGAGGGGGGAGAGGGGGCAGAGGCGGACGGGGAGGGGAAGGGUGUGGAGGCGAGGAGGAGCGGGGGGCAGGCAGCGGGGUCAGAUGUGGUGAUGGGGGGUGACUCCGCCACCACUGCCACGUCCCCGCCCUCCCUGCCCCUUCACAUCGGCUCCCUCACCCUGCUCUCACUCGGGCGGGUGUUGCCGGGUGCACCUGGAUUCCACACGGCGCAACACAUCUACCCUCUCGGCUACAAGGCUGUCCGCCCCUUUCCCUCCGCCCAAGACCCACGUGUGGUGGUGAAUCACGUCAUGGAGAUCCUUCAGCAAGCACCCCCUCCGCCUCCUCCUCCCCCGCCGCCUCAUCCUCCGCCGCCCAUUGCUGCACCUUUGCCAGCAGCAGCGCCAUUUGUGCCGUCGGGGGAAGGGGCAUGGCGGCGCCCGCAGCUGAGGCAGACGCCACAGCGCAUGCAGCAGCAGCAGCAGCCCAAGGGGGGCAAGAAGCCACAGCAGAAGAAACAGCAGCCUGGCGCCUCUGGGGGUGCUGCUGGAAACACCCCGGUGCCUGGUGGUCCAAUCUUCCGAGUCACCCCAGAAGGCUCUGAUCCGGUGGAGGGUCCAUCACCCGGCGAGUGCUGGCGCAUCAUCCAGAGGCGCGUGGCGGAGGCCAAGCGCCUGCUGCUGCAGCACCUGCACCCGCCCAGCACAGGCGCAGGGGGAGGGGCAGGCGGAGGGGCAGGGGCAGUUACAGGGGUAGGGACAGGGAGUGGAGGCACGGGGGGAGGGGAGGGGAGGGCACAGAGGGGCGGGCCGAUGAUGGUGCCGCUGUCGGUGCUGCUGCAGCGAGGGGAGGGCAGCGGUGGUGCAGUGCUGCGUGCUGGGGCAGAGGGGGCCAGUGGUGGCAGGGCAGGCGCGGAGGCAGAGGGGGGUGAUGGUAGCAGGGCAGGGGCGGAAGCAGAGGCUGCGGGGGGUGAUGGGGGCGAAGCAGGUGCAGAGGCGGAGGAGCAAGAGAGAAUAGGAGCUGUAAUGAGCGGUGGCAAUGGGGCGGAUGAUGGGCAGGCUCAAAUGGAAGGCACACAGGGGGCAGAGAGGGAUGGCGGGGGUGGGGGAAGAGAGGGCGCUGUGGGGCAGGGAGGGGCAGAGGCGGAAGCAAUGGAGGUGGAUGGGGGCGCAGGGGACAAGAGGGGGGACGCAGCAGCAGGCGUCCAAGGGGGCUCGGCGCAGGGGGGGUUGCCUGCAGGGGACCCUCUCAGAUGGGCCUUCCCCCCUGCCUCUGCAGCGCGUCCCCUCGCCGCCUCCCCCUCAUCCGCGCCCCCGCUCACCCCCUCACCCCUGCGGCCGCCGUGGCAGGCGGUGGCAGCACAAGGCACGGGGGGCGGGGCAGCGCAUGGCAGUGGCAGCCCGCGGUGUGGGGCGGAGUGUGGCGGGGUGAGUGGGGGGUGGGGUGGCAGUGGUGGCAGCUGUGGCAGCGGGGGCAGCAGGGGCAGCGGGCGGUGUGGGGCGUGGCUGCCGUCACACCACGUGCGGUCGGGGGCACAGAUGUUUGGCCUCACCCACCCACGCGUGGCCCAGCUCAUUCAGGGCCUACCCAACGCCAGCCGCUGCCAGCAGUUCACCGCGUGGGUCAACGCCCCUCGCCCCGCGCCUGCAGCCCACACUGCGGACGCCAGCAGGGGCGAGAAGGCACGGCAGGCGACUGCGCAGGCGAAGCAGCAGGGGGAGGCGGCCCAGGGGGCGCGCGGGGGGCCCGCGGUGGUGAAGGAGUCGCGGCUGCCGGCGGGGUUCAAAGCGGUGGAGUACCGGCAGGCGUCCCUCGACCGCUGUGACGUGUGCUGCCUCUCUGAGGAGUACGAGGACGAUCAGCUGCUGCAGUGCGACAGCUGUCGCAUCAUGGUCCACAUGGCGUGCUACGGCGUCAGAGAGCCGCCAGAUGGUGGGCUGUGGCUGUGCGACGUGUGCAGCAAGUACGAGCGCCAGGGCAAGCGCGAUGCCAAGCCCCUCUGCUGCCUCUGCCCCGUGCAAGGGGGAGCCAUGAAGCGGACGGUGCACGGGCUGUGGGCGCACCUGGCGUGCUCUCUCUGGAUCCCAGAGACAUCAUUUGUGAACAUCAAGCGCAUGGAGCCCAUCACUGGCUUUGAUGACAUCCCCAAGGCGCGGUGGCAGCUGCGGUGUUGUGUGUGCCGCAUCCCCCACGGGGCGUGCAUACAGUGUGCGGCGGGGCAGUGCUACACCGCCUUCCACCCGCUCUGCGCUCGCCUCAAGGGCUACCCCAUGCUGACGUUGGACAUGAGUGAGGAGAGCAUGGAGCGCAGUCGGCUGCACGGCACGGUGGUGGGGUCGGUGGCCAUGAUCUGCUUCUGCCCGCGCCACCGCGCCCGCGCCAAACCCCUCCACGCCACGCCCUCCCUCCCCCCCCACCCCUCCGCGCCCUCCCCCUCCCCUGAACCCACCGCUGCUGCUGCUCCCACUCGCCCGCCCUUCCCCGCUGGAACCGGAGGGGGCAGCAGCGAGGGCGGGUGUGAGAUGGACAGCAGCCGGCGGGAUGCACCGCUCGCUGGCAGGGCGGGUGGAGAGAGAGUGCUGUGCGCUCGAACAGAGCCCUUCGAUGCGCGCAUACGGAGGGGGCGCAGGGAGCCGGACGCAGUGGCAGCCUUUUUGGCGAAGCGGUCGUUUCUGGAGAACGUGCCCUUCGCCAUCUGUGGGCGGCGCCAGGAGCAGCGCCGCGUGCACGGCCCGUCCGUGGUGGAGGCCGUGCGCGCACACAUGCAGCACGCCGCCUCCCACCCCGCCCAGGAGCACGGCGCAGAGGACGGGCACGUGGGCGCGGUGGGGGAGGGGCACGGCAGGGCAGGGCAGCAGGAGGUGUGCCGUGAUGCGGAGGGGGUGAGGGACGUGGGGCCAGGGGGGGGCGUGCAUGUGAGCAGGCUGCGGCGGUUGCUGCACUCGGGGCUGGUGGGGGGCGCGGAGGGGCAGGAGGGGCAGGCGGGCGGCGGGGAGGGCGAGGUGCGGUCGAUGUCGGACCGCUUCCGCCGCAUGAAGUCCACCCAGCAGCAGCGCCUCGCCUUCGGCAAGUCAGCCAUCCAUGGGUGGGGUGUGUUCGCCAAGACGCCUCAUCGGGCCGGCGACAUGAUCAUAGAGUACGGGGGCGAGGUGGUGCGGCCAGUGGUGGCGGACUUGAGGGAGAGGCGCUGCUACGACUCACUCGUGGCGAGUGCGGAGGAGCGCAUUGUCAUCUUCGCCCGCCGGGACAUCAUGGCCGGCGAGGAGCUCACCUACGACUACCGGUUUGACUCGCAGGACGAGCAGUUGGCGUGCAACUGUGGCAGCAGUGGGUGCCGUGGCGUGGUGAACAUUCUGAGGGGCGACGAUGAUGACGCCGAUGGUGACGUGGCCAUGUGGGCCCCUCGCAGCGAGCUACAGCCCUGGCAGCCCCCCACCGCCCCCCUGUGA